GGCGGAACUACGUGGCUUCAAUUCAAAAGGAGAGCUCAGUCUUCUUGCAAAAGCAUCAGUCCGUACGAGGGCCAGAGUGGGAGUAACUUCCAUGCAGUGCAGGGCUCCCAUCACAGAGAGCCCAGUUAGGAGCUCGCACCGUGGGGAUGACACACGCACGCUGCUGCUGCUGCUGCUCAGCGAGCACGUUGUCAUUUGCCAGCCACUGCCCAUGGACAAGGCAGAUCGGGCCACUGAGCGAGUAACUCCCGGGGGGUGGAGGGUGGGUAUUUGCUUCCUUGCAAUGGCUCCAGCGACAGAUCCGAACAAGUGGGAGCGAAACUGAUCUCCAUGGAGCCCCCUCCUGCCUCUGGCUGCUGCACCGGCUGCUGUGUGUGAAGCCGCCCCUGCCAGGACGGACCAUGCGGGGCAUCCUUGGCUUCAAGAGGCUGAGGCUGAAGAUCUGGAGGAGAUGCACGCUCCUGUUCUUCCUCUGCUGGGCUGGCUGCUGGCUGCUGGGCAGCACGUUCCUCUUCCUUGUCCACAGGAGCGUCUUCUCCGAGCGCUGCACGGACGAGAAAAGCCACAGGAUGCUGGCGAGGCUGUGUCUUGACUACAGAAAAGGAGCAUUGACUGGUGACCUUUGUGAAGACUUGUGUGUGGCACAGAAGCUGGUGUACAAGCAAUGCCUUUACUACGACAGAGGUAAGAAGGUCAUCCGGGCGGACUGGAAAGGCCAGCCAGUCAUCUUGAAAUCCAAAAAGGAAAUCUUCUCUAGCUACCAGAGCCUCAGAUUGCUUGAUGAAGUGGAAACACAGGAUGUUCCUGAGACAGAACUUCUGCUGAUGGUAGCUUUGGAGGUCAAAAAUGUCCUGGGUCUGGAAUUAUCUAACAACACCAUGGGACCCUUAUGGACUAGGAGGAGAGGUCUGCAUUGGAAAGCACAAGUGGCCAGCAUGUGGUCCUUACUCCAGCAGGAAGAAUAUAUCUACUUCAGUCUACUGCAGGACGUCAGCAAACAUGUCCUACGGGUCAUCGGCUCCUGUGGCCACUUCUAUGCUGUGGAGCAUCUCACAGCUGGACAUGCCCGGCACAAAACUAUUUUUCCCUUGGAGGAUGCAGUUGGUCCCUCCUUCACUGGCACUAAAAGCAAGGUGAAGGCAAUAACGGACAUUGCACUCAGCUUCCUAGAUAUGGUGAAUCAUUUUGAUAAUGAUUUCUCUCACCGGCUUCACCUGUGCGAUAUCAAACCAGAGAAUUUUGCUAUCCGAAAUGAUCUCACGGUGGUUGCCAUUGAUGUGGAUAUGGCCUUUUUUGAACCUAAAAUGAGGGAUAUCCUUGAACAGAAUUGCACAGGAGAUGAAGACUGUAAUUUUUUCGAUUGCUUUUCAAAGUGUGACCUGAGAAUCAAAAAGUGUGGGGCAGAGAGGGCCAACAACAACCUGCAAGUCAUCUGUGACAAAAUAUUCCGUCACUGGUUUUCUCCAAAUCUCAGGGGACCCACAAUUUCCUUCCCUCUGCAGUUGCAAUUGCAAAAGGCUGUUCAUGAAUGUGCCAAACCAGGGCCCAAGGACUUGACACAACACCAGCAAACAUCUCUGCAUUCUCUGUCUGAGUUAUACCAUUUGCUGCAAGCCAGUCAAAGAGAACUUCAAAAAGCAACCUUGUGAAACUCACUGGUAACAAUGAUAUAUAAUAAUCAUCAUUGCCAGCAGUCUCUGUCUCUCUCCCACACACACCCAUCCAUUGUAUUAAUUUUUACAGUGUAUAGAUUUUUUUUUACUAUGAAAAUGAAACUCAUGAUUGAAGAUGCAGUGAAUGUUAUUAAUUUGAAGUGUGAAAUUGUUUUACAUUAUAUGGACAUUAUUCUUG